AUGUCGCAAUUCAUCUCGCAUUCUCCCCAAGAGGAUGAUCAGCUUCCAUCCUUCAUGGAGCAGCAACAAUCAUCCUCAUCGGCAGGUCCGAGUGAAUGCACACCGGCGCAUCCACAUUCCCACGCUCACAGCCACAGUCACAGCCACAGUCACAGCCACAGUCACAGCCACAGUCACGUUGACACACCACAAUCACAGCAAUCACAACAAUCACAAUCACAACAAUCACAGCAAUCACGCGGAUGGUCGACGGCCUCGGCUUCCUCGCUCGGCAUCCCCGGCUGCAACCACGAAGGUGCUCGCUCGCGAUCCAUGUCCCGCACUCGCUCUCACGAAUUGCGGGAAACCCUGGACGCCAAAAGCAAAGACCUCGAGGAUGGUUCGCGUAUCAUCAACCAAUAUCGUAUCACCGACGUGAUCGGUCGUGGCGCUUACGGCACCGUGAGAAAGGCUAUCCUCGACCAUGACCCUUGCACCCAAUUUGCGGUCAAGGAGUUCGGUAAAACCCGGCUGCGCAAAAGCCAUCGUGCCGUCGAUUUCCGUAAACCGGCUCGCGCUCCUCGUCGCUCCGAGCUCAAUCGUGAUGAAAAGGAGAAUCGCUCCCAACCUCCGCCCGAUGCUGCCAAUCCCAAGAAAGAAGAGCAAGACGAAAGUAAGGAUCCUUUGACCCUUAUUCGACGCGAGAUUGCCAUCCUCAAAAAGCUCCAUCAUCCAAACGUCGUCAAGCUGUUUGAGGUCUUGGACGAUCCGAGUAAGGAUAGCUUGUAUAUGGUCUUUGAAUUCUGUCCAGAUGGAACGGUGAUAGACGUUAAACUCAACCAAGAGGUGCAACCCCUCCCCGAAGAUGUGGCCAGGUUGUAUUUUGUUCAGGUACUCAUGGGCAUAGAGUAUUUGCAUGAGAAUGACAUCGUCCAUAGGGAUAUCAAGCCGGAUAACAUCUUGUUGAGCGAUAACAGAAAGACCUGCAAGAUUGUUGAUUUUGGAGUCUCCGAGAUGUUCCUAAAGCCGGGCGACGAUACGAUGCAGGAAUCCGCAGGUUCGCCAGCAUUCAUGUCACCAGAGCUCUGUACUGCCGGACAUGCUGAAUAUCAUGGCAAAUCCGACGAUAUCUGGUCCUUUGGCGUAACUCUCUAUUGCAUGGUCGUCGGACAUUUGCCCUUUAACAAGCACAACUUUUACGAAAUGUACCAAGCCAUCAAAAACGACCAACCCGACUACCCAUCCCACCUUUCGCAGGACCUCAAGCAUUUGUUGCAAAGCAUGCUGGCCAAGGAUCCAAAGAAAAGGAUUACCGUGCCCCAGAUGAGGCAACAUCCAUGGACGAACAAGGUCGAGCCAGGCAUACUCUUGUCUAGGGAGCAGAACGUCCAAGCCGUCGUUAGUGAGAUUACCGAUGAAGAUCUGGAUUGUGCCAUUUGUAAGAUUACCAAUAUCUUUACCUUUGCAAGGGCCAUAUCCAGGUUUAAGAGGGGUGCAAGUCUCCUAAGGGCCAGGAAUGCCACCAGCAGUACCUCGGCGGGUAGUGAGGUCGAUAAGGAUGAUAGCAGUUGCUUUCCCAAACAUGAGGCCCCGAGUCGAGCCAGUACACAGGAAAGUAAGCAGGUGCAGACGAUUAAGGAAGAGACUCCCACUCCUGCCUCCAAGGAGGAGAGCCAGAAAGCAGGCGAGCAGAAAGCAGGCGAGCAGAAAGCAAGCGAACAGAAAGCAGGCGAGCACAAGACAGAGCAAGGAGGAGCAGACCAAGGGGAAGAACAGGUUCAAGCAUUGCAAAAGGCAGCGGCGUACAUGUUCGAGUCUCCACAGAUGCAUACCUUCGAGCUUCCACCUGAAGAGCCCAAUGGGAAUGGGCCUCUGCAGCGCAACCGUUCUGGACCGAUAUCGACUAUACAUAAGCCAGAGCCGGCGGAGGAUGAGAAUGGCCCACCGGUCAUUACCAGGCAUCCUCCACAGAGUGCUUCACCACCUGCAAUAUUCGCUUCACCCACUUCAGAAGACGAAAAGUCUUUCGAUGCCCCAGAUAUCUCCAAGGAUGUCGGACCGUCUUCCGGUCACGGCGUCGCUGGUAGCAGCAAAACUUCAAAUCGUCGUCGUAGCUCAGCAACUGACCCUGCCGCAACAGACUUUGCGCAGGACGGCUGUAAACCUAGAGAAGAAGAACAAGUUGCUUCCCAUCUGCGAGAUAUGAUGAUCGAUCACGAUCAGAAGAAUCCUUCUUCCUCCUCCUCUUCAGAUGGUGGUAAGGGUAAUGGCAGGCAUACCUACGAAUCACCAGCUAAACAGCAUAACACCAGACAAGAGCAAGCGUUCCAGCAUAAACACCAACACAGUCGAGACAGAGAGCAAGCCGAAAAGGAGAAACAACAACAUGCAAAAACAGUGCAGGAAAGAGCAGCCAAGCUGGUUCGAAACAAAUCCCAACCCAGGCCCAAGAUUUUCCCGGAUCAACCAACCGUUGCUAGUCCUGCAGUGGGGACGAUCAAGACUCCUCCUGGUGCUGCGGAUGUUUACAGGCAAGCUGGAGUUAUUGACAUGUCGGCCGAGGCGGACGGAAAGACGAAUGAUCAGAAUCCCUAUUUCAGUACUACUCUGGAUGCAACACAGCAGAAGACGGUAGCAGAAGAUCAAAACAAUGCAAGCCAAGACGAGCAAGAGCAAGAUCAAUCUCAAAGACAAACUAUAUGUACCUUGUAA